AUGGUCUGUCAAGUGAAAAAGUCAAUAAUAUGUACUAUUCUCUACCUCAGUGGAGCAGUUUUGGCAUUGCAUAACAUAUUCAAGCCAACCCAGGAUUACUGCGAUGCUAGUUUGUGUCAUAGUCAAGAACAUGUGGCUUGCGGUGUUGAUGAGAGAAACUACGGUGUUAAAUGCGAAAUAGAUGCUAGUGUGAUUCCCAUGACAAAACAAUUACAGAAAUAUAUAUUAAAACAACUUAAUAUGAUUCGCUCUUGGCUGGCAGAUGGAUUUCAGGAUUUCCACGGCGUUCCAGCUGCCCGGAUGGCGUCGAUGCGUUGGAAUGAGGAGCUCGCGUAUCUUGCAAAGAUGAAUGUCCUUCAUUGCUUUCUGCACCGUGAUCUAUGUCGUAAUACUGCAAAGUACAAAAAUGUUGGACAGAAUGUGGGUUAUAGUUAUACGCUGAAGAUUUUGACGCAUGACCUAAAUAGGGAAAUCAUAUGGAUAAUGUACCAUUGGUUAUUUAGUCAACACGAGACGGAUUGGAAGGAUAUUCAAAAUUACACGUUCAAUCAUCGUAAACGGAACGAGCCCUUUUUGCAAUUGGCUCUGGAGAACUCCAAUCAAGUGGGCUGUGCAGUUCUGGUACAGUCCCAAUAUAGUUUUCGCGAAACCUUAUUAACCUGUAACUAUGCUUACUCACCAAUUGUGGGAAAACCCAUAUAUACUCCGACUUCUGGUAAACCUGGCGGAUCCUGUAAAAAGGGCAAUCAUAAAGAUUACCCAGAGCUUUGCCAUCCUGACGAGUACUACGAAGGUCAGGAGUCCCCUGAAGAUAUCUCCGCUGCUACUAUGGAAGAGAAAUAUGCCGAAAACCCGGUACCGGGUCCACCAAAGCACAUUUCUACCAACUCAACAGAGACUACUAAGAAUAACGAUGACGAUAACGAGAUAUAUCUGCACAAGUUUGACCGAUUUAUGGAAAUAAUUGAGAAGGCUAAAAAAGUUGCCAAGAACCGGAAAGUUGUAAUUAUUACCAGAGACCAUGAAGUUUCCGCUAAUGCUCAAAUCAAGCAAAAUGUGCAAGAGGAACUUUUAGCCCCACGCACAAAACACGUUAAGAACAUUAUGCGAACACCACAGAAGCCUCUACAUAAUCGGAAAUCCAUACGUGCCAGGAAACCAUUUGUAGUGUCUAGAUUUUAGAAUACAGAAGGUAGGUGAGUAGUCAGUAGUGUGACUAAAUGGCGUACAAUUUUUAAUGCAGUCUGUCAAGCAUGAAGAUUGAAUAUUGAAUAAAAAGACACUGAUUCAAAUUAUAA